AUAUACAGCAAUUUGUAAGAGUAAGAUGGUAAUUAGAAACGAACACUUAAAAUCAAGUUUUAAGAUUUGAGCUAUUUUUUGUAACAUUCCUUUGAGGUCACAGAAAUACUGCCUUAACAACAUACUAUUUAUGCUAAGUCUUAAUAAAUACAAUCACACAGUGCAAGUGUAAUUACUUAUGAAAGUGCCUGAUGUAAAAAGGAAUUCUGCUAUUUAAAAGAAAUAGCUUGUAACAGCUUGAUUAAAUAUCAGUGCUUUGCUUUCAUUCUGUUAUGUCUCAGAACAUUGUUUUGCUUGCUUUCCAGGAACAGUGGAAUUGACUUCUGAAUGCAAAACAAGUAAAAUAAGCUUUAGAAACCCCAAGCCCUAAUCUCUUUAGACUUCUUUUUGCUGCCAACUACUGUGAAGAAACAAAUCUCAUUUUUCCUUUUGAUCAUUACUUUCAAAAGUGAAGUCAAUAUUUUUUUUUCUAGGGCUGAGCAGGUACCAUGAGCAGAUAGUUUCUGAAUCUUUCUCCCCCCACUAAAAUGACUAAAGUGCAAGAAAUAUAAGUAUUAAAACAUUUUGAAGAAACUGAGCUUAAGAUGGGUUGCAAGCUGGCUGGUGUUUUUUUAUUGUCUGCAGAAAGACUUGUACUUCUAUUGUUCCACUUGGCUCUCAGGCUGCAAAUUAACCAAAAAAAAAGAAAAAAAAAAAGCCUUCUUGAGCAUGCUGACAUAGAGCCUUAAUCUCACAGUUUCACUCAUUCAGAAGUGAAAUUGUAAUGGAACUUCAUCCUUUCACUAUGAUGCAUCCACUCAAUUCUGUCACUAAAAACAACCUUUGGUAGACAAUACAAAGGCUGGAGCUUACUGCCACCAAUGCGCUUUGAUCCGAGUUGUUCAUUUACGAGUUGUAAUCACUGACAUGUUUAGUGUGAGAAACAUUAGCAGAACUAGGUGUCACAAAUGGAGUCAUGCACUUCACCCACAAGAGGCAACAAUAUACUUUAAGUUCAGUGGUGUGACAGUGUUUCUACAAGACUCACUGGCAAAGUACACUUGAUUAUUUACUGCAUAAAAGAGCAUGGUACAACAAACCCAUCAGUGAUACCCUCCCAUCAAGGUGCAAGAUUCAGGAAGGACCCUCUUGUUUUAUCAGUUCCUUCUUAGGAAAGAGGAUAAGUGCGGCUAGAUCCAAUCCUAGUCCCAGAUUUGGUCAACAGUUUAUGUCUAAAGGAUUAUAUAUUCACAAUCAAUCAUUUAUGUCACUUCAUUAAGAUUUCAAAGUUAAUGUGCUAUUAAUCAUUUAUCCAUAAUCUGUUGCAGCAAGGUAUUUCUUAACCUCAAGGAGGAACCUUGAGAGGCAUUCCUACCCGAGAUGAGAUCCCUAUGUGCAGCCUGCUGCUGUUCAGGAGAGCUGGCCAUGGUCCAGGCUGCCCACUAUUUAGAAAGCAAGAUAAUUGGAUUAUGGUCAUGUUUGCAUAUCAGCAAGAACUCUGGGUCACCAUUCCCGACAGCCCCCACUGUUGCCAGUCAUUUGCCAAGACCAGAGACUAUGGAUUGCUGGAAGGGAGCCGUAGGCCACAGCUGGAUUUAUCCCACAUUGAUCAUAUGCACAAAUGGAUUCUUCUCCACGAUGAGGCCAUCAGAAUCUUUUCUCACUCCUUAUCUAACUGGACCAGACAAAAACCUAACAAUUGAAGAAGUUACAAACCAGGUUUUCCCAGUUUGGACAUACUCCUACCUUGCACUCCUUCUCCCAGUCUUCCUCAUUACAGACUAUGUGCGCUACAAGCCCGUCCUCCUCCUCCAGGGCACCAGCUUCAUUGUCACGUGGCUUUUGCUCCUCUUUGCACGUGGAGUGGUGGCAAUGCAGAUAGUGGAAUUCUUCUACGGGAUGGUGACAGCCACCGAGGUUGCCUAUUACGCCUACAUCUACAGUGUUGUCAGCAAUGAUCACUAUCAGAGAGUGACGAGCUAUUGCAGAAGUAUCACUCUGGUUGCAGCCACCACCGGUGCUGUGCUGGGACAGCUGCUGGUUUCAUUAGCAGAUGUAUCCUACUUUCACCUUAAUGCCAUUACUUUGGCUUCUGUGUCCCUGGCAUUCCUGUGUUCGUUCUUCCUCCCAAUGCCCCAGAAGAGUAUGUUCUUCCACAGGAAAGAGACCUUGGAAGCUCUCCCAGGAACAAAUAAAACUGUGGCUACGGUCAGCUCCAACAGGCCACUGAGCUGCCAAGAGGACAAGAGCUCUCCAUCUGUUGACAUGGGACCAGCACCUGAACAGCAGGCUGGUAAUGCCAAGCCACAGAACCAUGUGCUCAGGGUUCUGGUGCAGCUGAGCAAGGACUUGAGGGAUUGCUACAGCUCUAGGAAACUUCUCUACUGGUCCCUGUGGUGGGCUCUGGCUACAGCAGGCUUUAACCAGGUCCUGAAUUAUAUACAAGUGUUGUGGGACUUCAGAGCCCCCUCUCACAGCUCUGCAGUGUACAACGGAGCUGUUGAAGCUAUUGCAACUUUUCUCGGUUCAGCAACAUCCAUGGCAGUUGGAUAUGUCAGAGUAAACUGGGAUCUUUCGGGAGAACUGGCUUUGGGAAUUUUCUCUGCAAUGGAUGCUGGUUCUCUGUUUCUCAUGCACUUUACUGACAACAUCUGGGCAUGUUAUGCUGGUUACCUUGUCUUUAAAGCAUGUUAUAUGCUCCUUAUAACAAUAGCAACGUUUCAGAUUGCUGUCAAUCUAAGCAUGGAACGUUAUGCGUUGAUGUUUGGCUUUAACAACUUCAUUGCACUGGUGAUUCAGACAAUUUUAACUUUUGUCGUAGUAGAUCCAAAAGGUCUGGGACUCACUAUCAGCAGCCAGUUUCUCAUUUAUGGCAGCUACUUCACAUUCAUAGCUGGAAUUUUCCUAAUCAGAAGCAUAUACACCAUGAUUUCCCUCAACUGCAAAUACCAGUGUGGUUGGUGAAAGCAGUGAUCAUUAACGAAGGAACGGUUGCAAGCCACAGUGCAGAAGGUGGCAUCAUCUGAACUUUUUCAACUGGAAGUUGUGACACACAUUUUUAAAGCAAGUUAAA